UUCAUUACGAAGUCCUGCUAAUGGGAGCUGGUGAUAUGGGUAUUUGAUUGGCUGGUUGGCGCUCAAUGGGCGGGAAUGUGUCUGGGCGGGGCUGUUGAUAGGUUGCUUUAGCGGAAGGAUCCGAACCUCGGCUGUUCAUUGGUUGUUUUAACUGGAAGAGGCUCGGUGGUCGGCUGUCCAUUGGUUAUUCAAGAAGGCAGUGGGCGGAGCUCAGUUUGAACCAGAAAGAGGUUUCAGGUUUCAUUAGCAUUGAAGCUAACUCCGUCACUAACAGCGGAGAGUUCUGAGAAACUUUCCCCGUCCAGGAUCACUCUUCAGAGGGCUUUAGAGCACCAAUAACCGCCGUGUUCAGACGGGGAUCUGCUGUCCCGGUCUCGGUACGAACUUGUUUCUAUCUGAUCAUGGCGGACGUAGUGGACCCGGAGAAGAGGAGAGGAGCAGCGGGGAGGAAGAGCCAGCCGAACCGCAGGAAGAGGACCAACAGCAACAGGGUACAAAUCUGACUGAUAGCUGAGGGACAAGAACUCAGGUCCAGAACUUCAGUAGAACUAUUAGCAUCAGAGGGGUGAGUCUGGAGAAAGUUUUGGGCAUAAGCACAUCCAGCAGCAGCGGCUUGACCUCUGACCCCAAAUCUGGGCUCAUUGCCUACCCCGCAGGAUGUGUCAUCGUGCUGCUUCACCCGAAGACGAACAAACAGAGUCACAUCGUCAACACGUCCAGAAAGCCCUUCAGUGCUCUGGCCUUCUCCCACGAUGGGAAGCACCUGGUCACAGGGGAGAGUGGUCACAUGCCCUGUGUGCGGGUGUGGGAGGUGGAGGGCGGGCAGGUGGCGGAGGUUCAGUCUCAUAAAUACGGAGUCUCCUGCGUGGCGUUCUCCACCAACAGCUGCUACAUCGUCUCCGUUGGAUACCAGCACGACAUGACCGUCAGUGUGUGGGACUGGAGGAAAGGUUCAAUCAUCGCCUCCAACAAAGUGUCCAGCCGAGUGUUCGCCGUUUCCUUCUCCCAGGACAACAGCUACUUCGUCACCGCAGGAAACAGACACGUCAAGUUCUGGUACCUGGACGCCUCCAAAGAACGACGGGUGAACAGCACGGUGCCACUGAUUGGCCGGUCUGGGUUGCUAGGUGACCAUAAGAACAGCGUGUUCAGUGGGGUGGCGUGUGGGCGUGGCCCCGCGGCGUCCAGCACUUAUUGCAUCACCAGCUCCGGCCUGCUGUGUCUGUUCAACAGCAGCCGGCAGCUGGAGGCCUGGGUCAACCUCAAGACGUCGUCGGCGAGCUGUCUGGCUGUCAGCGAGGACUUUAUCUUCUGUGGCUGUGCUGACGGUGCCAUCAGAGCGUUCAGUCCCUCAAACCUGCAGUACGUCACCACCCUGCACCGCCCGCACCGCCUCGGGGUCGACCUCACGCAGAGCCUGCAGCACAGUCCAGGGGCUCAGUACCCCGACACGUUGGCCCUGACCUUUGACCCGGCCGCCAGACACCUGACCUGCGUGUACAACGACCACAGUCUGUAUGUGUGGGACGUGAAAGACAUGAGGAACGUGGGGAAGCUGUACUCUGCUCUGUACCACAGCAGCUGUGUGUGGAGCAUUGAGGUGUACCCAGAGCUGUCGGAUACGUCUCAGGCCUGCCUGCCUCCGUCCUCCUUCCUCACCUGUUCGUCCGAUAACACCGUCAGACUGUGGAACAUCGACCCCCCCACCGCACACAGAAACCUCUACAGCAACGACCUGCUGCGGAUUGUGUAUGUGGGGGAGAACAUGCAGCACCUGCAGGCCGAGGGGGGGGAGGCAGCAGGGGCUGAUGGGAAGGCAGGCAUCAGAGUGCUGGGAGUCAGUCCUGAUGGAAAACACCUGGCAGCUGGAGACCGCUGCGGAAACCUGCGGAUCUUUGGUCUGGAGUUCCUGGACGAGCUGGUGAAGAUCGAGGCUCAUGACUCUGAGGUUUUGUGUCUGGAGUUUUCCCCGACAUCCACAGGUGUGAAGCUGUUGGCGUCAGCCAGCAGGGACAGGCUGAUCCAUGUCUUCAACCUGGAGAAGAACUACAGCCUGGAGCAAACGCUGAGCGACCACUCGGCCUCCAUCACUGCCGUCAAAUUCACCGGUGAGAGUCCAGAGGUUCGAAUGGUGAGCUGUGGAGCCGACAAAAGCAUCUACUUCCUGACAGCCGAGCAGACGGCCGAGGGUCCGUCGUUUUCAAGGAGUCACCACGUGGUGGAGAAGACCACGCUGUACGACAUGGACCUGGACUCAUCACGGACGCACGUCGCCAUCGCCUGUCAGGACCGAAACAUCAGGGUGUACAAUGUGGAGACGGGGAAGCUGAGGAAGUGUUUGAAAGGCUCGUCCAGCGAUGAAGGAGCUCUGCUGAAGGUUCAGAUGGAUCCGUCCGGGUCCUUCUUCGCCACCAGCUGCUCCGAUAAAAACAUCUCCAUCUUCGACUACGAGUCCGGAGAGUGUGUCGCCACCCUGUUCGGACACUCGGAGAUCGUCACCUGUAUGAGGUUCAGUCAGGACUGCAGACACCUCAUCACCGUGUCCGGAGACAGUUGUGUGUUUGUCUGGAGGCUGGACUCUCAGAUGACCAGCACCAUGAAGAAGAGGCGAGGCCUAAAAAUGGCCGCCGCUCCUGAAGCCUGCAGCCGCAAGCUGCCCUGCAUCAGGAGGGAGACCUUCAUCACGGGACCCUCCUCUCAGCUGCCUCCCAUGGAGGAGGAAGAAGGGGAGGAGGAGGAGGAGGACGAGGAAGACCUAAGGACUCCUGCAAGACUCGACUCUGCUCACGAAGCUCAACUGCUUCAGACCAACGGGAAACUCCCGCUGUGGUUCAGGAAACUGCAUGGUCAGGGCAGUGCUUCCUCUGCCAUCCAAUCAGCAGCUGAGCCUCAUCAGGUGCGGAGUCGGUGGGCGGAGCAACGAGACCCUCUGACCAUCGUCUCUAACUUCUCCCCGAGUCCCACCCAGAGUCCUGGGGAGGAAGAGGAGGAACACAGGGAGGUGGAGGGAGAGGAAGAGGAGGGAGACUUCCACCCUCAGAGUCUGGAGAGUCUGCUGGUCGAGGAGGAGGAGGAAGAGGAGGAGGAGGAGGAGGAGGGAGAGGAGGAGGUGCUGCAGAAUACAGGUGAGAAGAGGAGCAGCUACAUCCUGGACCCCGACACCAACACCACCACCAACAGAGAGUACGAUGUGCAGGCUGUGACCGACCCUCAGCUGGAGGCUAAGGGGGCGGAGCCAGUGUGGAGCAGCCAGCUGAGUCCAGACUCCGCCCUCUCCGAAGGCUCGGCAGGAAGUCUGGAGCAGCAGCAGGACGCCGACACGGACUCUCUCAGUCAGGGCAGCUCGGUGGGCAGUCUGGUUCUGGAGGAGGACGAGGACAGGAACUCGUUGAAGAACCACUUUGACACUCUGGCCUCCGGUCUGAGCGACGAGAAGUUCGACACCGACCUGAGGGCUCUGCAGCCUUUGGAGGAGAAGCACUACCUGAACCCUCGCCUCAGCAUCUCCACCCGCUUCCUGUCCCGCUUCCAGGACAGGAUCAGGUUCUGUCCGAGCAAAGCGCCACCUUCCGCCGCCAUCCCCUUCAGAAUCUCAGAGGAGAGCAACGUCAGCAACUCAUCGGUGAACUCGGAGACGAGCAGCGAGGUCACCUGCUCCGAAUCCACCCAGAAAGACACCAGCAGCGGCGUGCUGCGCCAUAGAGCUUCCUGCAUGAUUUCCCAUCAGCCCCUUCGCCGCCUCAAACGCAGACGACACACUGUGGUCGUCGUCCAGUGCAGAGACAUUCUGCAAGACGUCACCGCCAGGACUCACAACACCAGCCUGGGCUCCGCUACCCAGCAGGGGGUGUCUCGGCUCGGGUACCUAGGAACCACGGCCAGCUCCAGGGCCAAAAACAGCCAAGACCACGCCACUGAUGAGAAGGAGAACCUGGACCUCCAGAGCACCACCCCGGACCCCCACCAAGACCAGACCUGCAGUGUGUCGCCACUCAAGUCCUCACCUCCGGCCACCAGCCCGCAGGUGUUGGCCACGCCCCCCGCUGUGAUGUCACUGGGCGGAGUCAGGACGUGGAGCCUUGGCAGCGAGGAGGAGACCCUGACCAAUCAAAACCAAACCAUCAUCAUAAGCCCCGCCCCCACACGUGACAUCGAGCAGGAGGCGGGAGAUCCAGGACUAUCAGACCCCCCCACCUCCUUCUCCUCUCCUCUGUCGGUCACACCACACCCCCCUCCAGUUGCUAUGGUCAGUCUGCUUCAGUGUCAGAGCGUUGCCAUGGAGCUGCGAGAGGCGACGAGGCGAGCGGUGCUGCUCCACCAGCAGCUGUCCGUCGGUGCAAAUCCUCCUGAGCUCGUCUCCGUCCUGCAGGGAGCGUUUGAUUUCGUUCUCUCUGAGCUGAAGGAGGUGCGGGGAGGGGCCGGGGUGGACGAGGUGUCUCUGCUGGAGAAAUACUCCGAGCUGCUAGUCCAGAUGACCCGGGACAAACUGAACCGCGUCUGAAACGAGACGAAACGGACUGAGGCAAAUCAAACCGGGACGUACCCAGACAUCAGUAUUAAGCCUGACGCACCUUACCUUUAUGUUUUUGUAGCAGAAAUGUGUUUUUAAAUCCCUUUUUGUAAAUAAAGUUUUAUAUGUUUCUUAGUAAAAAAUG